CGCAUACAUAUUACAGAGGAAAUGACAAUGUUCAUAGAGACAAUUCAAACUACAUUAACAAGAAUGAAUCAUACUAUCAAGAUCUGAUAAAUGGGAUUUUAGCAUCUCAUUUAUAGUCAACAUGACACUAUCAUGUCACUAUCAUGUCAGUCUUGGUUCUAUUGUUGAUAUGUCUAUACCACGUGAAAGCCUAUCCCAGUGAAUAUACCAGCAGAAACAAUAUUUCUACUGAAAAUGUAAGUAAUACUGAAACUACUCAGGAAACACAUGUUUCGUAUGAAAGUAAGGUUACAUGUACAACAUUAUACCCAGAAACCAUAAACACUACUGAUAGUUCAGAAGGUAACAAUAACAAUGCAACUAGUUAUGACUAUGUGGAGUCUGAAAACAGUACAGAAGUACACAUUUAUCCGUACACUGACAAAGACGGGUUGGUUGAUGUUGUAGCAGAUAAUGGUAUCAGAUAUGAAAGUUCGGCUAGUGAUAACUUUGUACUUCCAGGACAUGAUGACGACGAUGGAAACUUUGCUGGUAUAACUGACGACAGUGAGCCGAUGCAUUAUUAUAUAUCGGAAGAGGGAAAUUUGUCUGGAGGGUCAGAUGACAUUGGCAUUGAGGUACUGCUACCAGACUAUGUAAAGCCAACUAGGUCAAGUGAUGAUGAUGAAAUUGCAGAUAGUGGUCAGGCUACUACGGUGGAUGAGGAUUUGAUAAUUCCAGAUAGUGUUGAGACUACAACGAUGCCCACAACAGAAGCUACGACGUGGUUCUAUCACAGUUGGGAGUUCAGAGGAGAAAAUUUUGAAAUUAAGGAAGAUGAAAUUACAACAAUCAGACCUGCUGAACAAGAGUACACAGAUGAAGAAGAACAAAUUUCUGACUUCAACACACACAGAAAGCAAAAUUAUUCAAAACAAUUCACCAUAAAAUCAGACAAGCUUAACAAUCAGCCCAUUAAAGAAGAUGAAUAUGAACAAGAAGCUAUAAGUGAAGACAGUGACGAUGGUGUUGAUUACAAAAAUCUCAUGGCCGACGACUCUCAUAGUUUAGAACAAACCACCACUGAUACAACAAUUAAUAGAAAAAACAUGAAGAAAUAUGUAAUUUCUUUCAAUGAAGAUCCGGUUGAACUUAUUUCACCCAAUUUAUUUAAUGAUAAGUCUUCAAAAGAAAAAACUGACAGUAAAUCAAGUCACCAAAAUAGUGGAAGCUUAGAGAGUGUGACAAUGAGUACUGAUGAUUUUAAGCCAGAGAAAAAUCAACGAUUUUCAAAGAGAACUAAAAGAGAAAAUGAAGAACUGGAAUCAACAUACAAAGAGGAGGGUAAAGAUGAGCAAGAACAAGUAACACAAAAUGUAAUACCAGAAACUACUAGGAUUUGGAAUUGGCCUACACACAGUUGGGAGAACCACGGAGAUAUGUAUGAGCCAAGUAGUCCAGAUAUGUCAAUGGAAGUACCUCAAAACAAUGGCACAAGAUCAGUUGAAGAAAUGGAAUACAGUGAGGAGGACAUAAGUGUUGGAGCAAGAGCCAUGAGCAAUGAAAUUUCUGUCAGUGAAAAACAUAAUCCAUGUGAAUACAAGUUUAAUAAAACAUCUAAAAGUUUCCUUUUUGAUUUAAACAAAGGCAAGAGUAAUAUUUCAGGAAGUAAAAAAACACAUUUAUCUCCAACAGAGGAAUCACAAUACGACGAUGUGACACAACCCAACUUCCCAAAUUUUGAUGGAGGACGACCAUCAGAAUUACAUGCAGUAAACAAAAACGGCAAUUACUUCAUGAAAAACAUUGGUUCUCAAGAGUUAUUUAUCCCUCCAACUUGUCUCAUUGAGUGGGAAAAUUGUAAGAUGGAUGGUGACUGCUGCAGACCCUUCUUCUGCUCAACACUCCCAAGAUUUCCUAUCAUUGAGAAUAUGAAUGAAAGCUCUACUCUACAGAUUGACCAGUUCUGUUCACGUUUUCAAUUAAAUGUACUUUUAGAUUGGAAGACCAACAACCGAAAAGAUCUACAGAAGAUCAUUGACUCUUAUAAAAGGAAAAUACUACGAGUAAUCAAGUCAUAGAGAAGAGGAUGCAGUUACAGUACUCAAGAUAUAGCACAGGGUUGUCAUCGCAUCAUCCUAAAAGUUAAAAAAAAUGCUAUUUAUAUAUAUAUAUAUAUAUAUAUAUAUAUAUAUAUAAUAUAAACAGUUUUAAAUGUCUAAUAAGUUUUUUUAGCUUCCUGUAAUACUAAUAUUGUUAUAUAUUUUACUAAUACUAUAAAUGACUGGUAAACUUUAUCAUUAUAAAAUGUUAAGAAAAGACAGUUUCAUAAAAUGUACUAAACAAAUAAUUACCUUUACUAUGUUAAUUACCAAAAGAAUGACAAUUAGCAGAAUAACAAUAACAACAAAGCAUUCAUUAUUCAUCAGUGAAUAAAUAUGAGCAUAAUUCUGUACAUUUUAACUGCAUGAAAAAUUAUAACAGAGUGUAUAAAAAAAUGUAUUCACGCUUUUCUAUGUUAUGAAAGAAAGCAUUUAGAUACUUCUGCUCCUUUAAGUGGAAUCACAAUAAUUUUUAGAGGUUAAGAGUUAUAUUGUAUCCUUAUUUGACCACCAAACAAAUAAAUUACUAAACACUC